AAAAAGUUUUUGGGUGGAGGCAGGCAGCGAUCGAUCCGCCUCCCGCCAUCAUCUCUUCAACUUCCUACUACUCUGGUCGGCGACGACGGAGCUCACAAAUCACACCAUCGCAUAUUCAUUCUAAAUAAUAUGCAAGAUCCACUCCGGUUGGAUUUCUUUGACAGGUUGCUGGACCAUAACAUAGCUUAGGGCUGAAGUGGUUUAAUCGCCGGCGCCGUCGCCUGGGUACGAAAUAUUUCAAACUUGGGUGGCAAUCAACGAGGGGGCUUCUUUUUGCCUUUGAUUCACAACCGCCGCAAUGACAACAUCCGCCACCAGGCCUGCUCUGCAGGGCCUGGCUUCCUCGGCAUCAUCUUUACCGCCAAGAGCCCCGCUCGGCAAGAAACCCAUACUACGGACACCGCAGUCGCUUUCAGUCUCGACCAAGAGGAAGCGAAGCGACGAUCCGGACGACAGGCUUGAAAGCAGCCCUACGAAACGCCUCAAACACGUCACAUUUGAUCUGGAAUCUAACAUGACCGUCGACAUCGGAAUGAGGACGCUCGAGGAGACGAAGCGGGAGGUCAGAAGCGCACUGGAGGACCGGGUCCGUGGAGAGACCGAGGGCUACGAGAACCUGAAGGCCAUCUUCCAAAAUGACCGUCAGAGAUAUCUCCCGCCGAUAGUAGGGGAUGAUGAGGACUGCUUAAAGCCCCAGGAACUAAUUGUCUACGUGGUUGCCCUGUCCACUUGCGCCCCAAUGCUGGACAGGUCAUGCUCGGACCUAAUAAAGAUCGUGACAAAGUGCUCAUGGCUGGGCCGAGACGAUGGUUUUUGCAAGGCAUACACUCAGUUUUUGGCUGCUCUGAUCAGCGCCCAAGGCACAACACUUGAGCUGGUUCUGGCCAUGAUCGUCGAGAAGUUCAAAGACUACCGCGAAAGCGCUUGGAGCGUUCCCGAUUUCCCAAAAGUUAGCUUUGACACCGCCCAGGACCGGCUACAUGGUGGUCUCCGCUACCUGCUUAGGCUGUUUCCGGCAGCCAGGCCCGUGCUGUGCAGCCUGCUGGCGAAGCAAUUCCCAUACUUGGAGGAGUCCAAGAAGGUUCACACAACCUAUGUCAAAAAUCUUCUACUCCUCAGGAAGUACGCACCAGAUCUUGGUCAAGAUAUAAUGGAAUUGAUCGUAGAUCGGCUCGUCAAGAUUGACGUGCAGGUGCAGUUCGACUUGGAUGAUAUGGACGACGAUUUGACCGCUGCAAUAGUUAUGCACUUGGGGUCGGCAAGGGAGAAGGACGACCUUGAUAUCGAUUCGGACGAGAGCGAUGGUGAGUCCAUCGCCAGUGACGAUAGCGACUUUGACGCAGAAGCCACGACGAUUGAAACAGGAUCGACCACUAUACAAAAACUCGACGCUAUAAUGGAUAUGCUAUUCGAAGUAUACAAGCCAAGCUUCGAGAAUCCAACGUCGGACGAGGCAAAGGAGGUUCUUGGUGACCUGAUAUCGGACUUUGUCAACCUCGUUCUGCCAACUUACAAGUCACGCCACACACAAUUUCUUGUCUUCCACUUCAGCCAAUACUCCCCUGAACUGAUGGAUCUAUUCGUCGGUACACUGUUCAACAUGGCAUUCGAGUCGAAUCGACCCAUGGCUUUGAGGCAAUCUGCAACAGCAUAUCUUGCUAGCUACGUGGCUAGAGGAGCCGCAGUUCCUGCCGAGAUUGUGAGGAACGUCGUGGAGCUGCUGUGCCAUCACGUCGACGUGCAGAUGCGAAAUCACGCGGAUGGCUGUAGGGGGCCUGACCUACGGCGCUACAAGCAUCUAUAUUGUCUGGUGCAAGCGCUUCUCUACAUUUUCUGCUUCCGGUGGAGGGAGCUAGUGGCCUGGGCGCCCGAACUUGUUGAUCCCUCGGAGAAGUCAUCCUACCUCGGCCACGAUCUCGAAUGGAUCCCGGGCUUCAAGGAGUCGAUGAGCCGUAUCAUAUACAGCAAGUUUAAUCCACUCAGGGUAUGCUCGCCUGGGAUAGUGCACGAAUUUGCCGACCACGCCCGGCUGCUUCGGUUCAUGUACGUCUUUCCGUUGCUGGAGAGCAACAAGCGGAUACAUCUAUCCCAGUUCGCCUCUGGUGAUUACUCGACCGGCGGUGCGCUCCGGGAUACCUGCUACGACCCUUACGACGAGAGCGGUUUGCAACUAGAGGCGUAUUUUCCCUUUGACCCCUACCAGCUGCCGACUAGCAAGCGGUGGAUCCAGGACGACUAUGUGAGGUGGGAGACGUUGACGGGCAUUGGCCUCGGCGACGAUGACCUGGACGACGCCUCUAUAGAUGACAACCUAGACGAUGAUGGGAAUGAUUAUGAAGAGGAAGAUACGGCAACGGACGAUGGGAAAGACGAUUGAAAUGGGACCAAGGUUUGAUCCGCAAAUCCCGAGCAAACGGAUGGCAGUGGGCAGAUGUCAAACACGCACGCAGCUCCCACAGCUGUGCCGGACAGGUCAUUGACAGGAGUUGGCGGCAAUCUCGUGGAAGAGACGAAGGUGUGUAGAUCGUCUUCCAGAGUACAUUCGCGGUGCUGCGUAGGAGGAACAGUCACUGGUUAUGGUGAUAUCGCAGCACCGACAUAGCCGACAUUUUCACUUUUGUUUCUAUUUUCGUUGUUAUAUUGGUUUAUAUUUCAAUGUCACGAUACCAAGCGCAAUGUUUGUUCUAAAAAUAUAAUAUUUUGAUGAUUCGCAAGGAACCACAGCGAAGCAUACCGAGUAUCAACAGCCUCAAGAAUGUGUUCCAGCAG